AUGAACACUACGUCGACGAUUGACAAACCGCGAGCAGACUACCAGCCCGUGCCAAUGUUACUCAGAUUAAGUAUGUAUAUGGGAAUUCCAUUACUAGAGAGAGAACCUCCUCCUCUUCUAACUCACAUUAAAGUAAAAGACAUAAUUUCUUCUUCUCAAAAGCCACUAAUCACAUUACCACUAGUCCCAAGUUAUCAUACUAUCUGGGAAGCCUUGUCUAAGAAUACUCAUAAUGGGUUUCCCAUUGUUGGUAGUGGGUCGAGUUCUAAAGAAGAAAAAGGUUUUCCUUCUUACGGUGUACUAAAAGGUCUAAUAUUACGAACUACAAUUAAGGUUCUGUUGAAGUACCGAAAAGUGUUCAAUAAUAAAAAGGUCAGUUAUAAGAAAAAGAUGAAGCUACUGCACCAAGAAUUCACAGAUGAAUUAGUGAAUGAACCUGUAAUGUUCACAAAAGAAGAAGACAAUGAUGUUUUAGAUCUCGCUCCAUAUAUGCAUCUUACACCUCAUUUUGUUCAUUUGGAUUGUAGUUUGUCUCAUGCAUACCAUGUAUUUGCUGCACUUGGUUUGAGACAUCUUGUGGUCGUCAAUAAUCAAUAUCAUCCUGAAGAAGAUGCUGACAUGUUAAUCAUCACUAUAGCUAUCGGAAAAGCUUCUGUUUCAGGUCCCGAUUAUAACAGGAGGGGAUGUAGAUUUGCUGGUCAUCCUCACUGGUCUCAGGAGUCAUGCACAAGGACCUGUAAAGGCCAGCAUAGUGAAAACUUAUCUGAAAUUACAGUAGACAUCGAAGUCAACACCCAUGAUUUGGACGAACUCAUCGUCGAGGAUGACAAUAUGGAAAGGUUGCUCGACUAUUCUGACAUCCAACUCGCAAGAGAAACUAUUAAAGAACUCAAGGAACUAUCCCAGGUAUUAUUCUCAUUAAUUUUUUGCAUGAGCAACGCACAAUCAAUGUUGUUCACUAUCGUGAGGUGUUCGACCUCUAACGGUCUCCAAACUUCAGGAAAUGCACUGGACUCAACUUGUCCUUAUUAUCGACCUAUUGCCUUCAAAUUCUAUUUGUAUGAACUGCUUAAAGAAGCUCUAGGUGGGCAAAAUUUUGAAGAUGACGAGGGCAUGGAGUUAUUCAUGAACAAUUGGUUCCUGACGCCAACAGGAUAUUGCUAUAAAAAACUGGUAUCAGUUCCAAUAUGUUAG